AGGGAAUUGGGGCUGGGGUCGCAGUGUCUGGAGAUGCCGCAGGGGGAGGGGUCUCACGCCGCACGGGGCGGAGCCCUCGGGGCGGGACGCGGAACGGGUGCGAUCUCCGAGCCAGUGCUGGUGGAAGGCGGAGCCCGGCGCUCAGGGACGGUGCUAAGACGGCUGGAGGGCGGGGCCUGGCGCCUGGAGGAGGAGCUGGAACAGGUAGAAGGCGGAGCCUCGGGCUCGGAGACCGAGGGGCUGGGAGCCCAGGCGCUGGGGGCGGGGCUUCAGGUGGUGAGUGGCGUGGCUCCAGUUCAGGAGGAGUCUAGUCUUGCUGAGGGCGGGGCUGCAGGGCCGGGGGCGGGGUCACGCCCCCUGAAGGGCGGGGCCAAGGAACCAGGCGAAGGGCUAAGCCCUAGUCGUGGCCCGGGGCGUCCACGCGGGGGCGGUCUCCGUGGUGGCCGAGCCUGGGGGCGCGGCAGACCGAGAACUGCCCCGGGAGAGGUGGUGUGGGUGGAGCGAGCUGCACAGCCCGCCGACUCGGAGCCUGUCUGGGUACCCCGGAGGCCCCCGAGAGCUCAGAGCUGGGGCGGGGCCCCGGCAGGAGGAGGCACUGGGCCCGGCUGGGGGGUACCUCCGGAGGACCGGGGGUCUCCAGAGCCUCCUAGCGGAGAUGUGUGGGUGCCUCGGGGCCGGCCCCCUGCAGCUGCCGCAGAGGUGUGGGUGUGUUGGACUGGGGGCAGCUGGGUGUGGCGUGAAUGGGGUCGCCCGGUCGGGGCAAAUCCAGUGCAAUCAGAUAGGGUCUGGACUUUGCGUAAAGGGACUGGUGGGAAUUGAUGAGAAGAGAAGGGGACCGGGAGGGAGGGAAGG